AUGAGUGAGUUUGGGAGCCAUGGCGGCUUCUCUGCCCCAGGCGGAGCCAGUGGCAGCAAUGACGGCCCCUCUCAGGGUGGCGCGGCUCCUCUUCUGAGGGCUCCAAGGUCCAGGGCUCGAAUCGAGACCGUUAUCCCUUGUUGCGUGAACCAGCUGCUCACGGCCUCUCUGGUGGAAGAUGUCUUCAGGGUCCAGGGAAUAGUGGUUUCCCAGGUCUCCAUCGUGGGGAUCAUCAGGAAGGCAGAGAGAGCGCCGAACUACAUUCUCUACAAGAUCGAUGAUAUGACCACCAAGCCUAUCGACGCCCGCCACUGGCUGGGCAGAGGCAAAGCCAAGCAGGCGCCGGCUCCGUGCCCAGUGGGAGUGUACGCCAAAGUGUUCGGUAUCCUCAGAGGUUCUGCCGAGGUGAAGCUCCUCGAGGUGUUGCAGAUCCGUGUCCUGGAAGACAUGAACGAGUUCACCUCGCACAUCCUGGAGACGGUCAACGCGCACAUGAUGCUGGCGAAAGCCCGAGAGGAGGCCUGCGGGCCAAGCGCGCCCCCCGCUCUGUCCGAGGGGGGCUUGGCGCCAGAGUAUGGCGAGGUCCGCCCCGAGUUUAUUCAGGCGGAGGUGCUGCGUCUGAUUCACGAGUGUCCUCGCCAGGAAGGCAAGAGCGUCCGAGAGCUCCAGGCCGAGCUCGGCAGCCUGAGCACGAAGGCCAUCCAGGAAGCCCUGGAAUAUCUGAUGGUCGAGGGCCACAUCUACCCAACUGUGGAUGGAGAGCAUUUUAAGUCUGCCGAUUGA